AUGCCCGCCCGCCCCUCCCGCGGCGGAAAGGCCCCGGCGCGCUCCUGCCAGCACCGUAUGGGAAGGUGCUGGCAAGUGCCCCAGCGAAGGGCUGGAUACGAGCGGGGAUGCUGCGCCCGAGCCAGCCCCGGCCACCGCCAGCCGCGCAGGGGAGGCCGGAUCCGGCCCCGCGAGGAGGAGGAGGAGGAGGAGGAGGAGGAGGAGGAAGGCAGCGGCAGCAACCGCCUCCGGACCUGCCUCUCUCCCCGAGGAGGCACAGAGGUGGAAAAGAAACACCACAAAAAUGACCCUUCUAAAUACUUCAGGGGUGGAUUUACCAGGUGGGCAUUAGAGAAUGUUCACCAGGCUCCACAUGGCGAAUACGCCCUGGAUCACGAUGCAGACGUGGCCAUAUGCCCCGCUGAUCCCCACUGGAUUCACCCAGUUACCGGGGCUGCCUACUGCUGCGGAGAAACCUGCGAGGCUUUAGUGAACAAUAGGCAUGAGACUAAACCUCAAGCAGCUCUCUCUAACCGAAGCCUUUUUGUGUUUGGCAGAUUGGUUCAAGUGAGUAAAAACUACCGAUCGGUGAUAAGAGCCUGUAUGGAGGACAUGCACCAGGCAGCUAUUUCAACCCGGGACCCUGCCCUGCACAGCCAGUAUAGCACUCAGGUUUCUAUUCUCUCUGCAAUGGAGCUGAUCUGGAACCUGUGUGAGAUUCUGUUUGUUGAAGCAGCUGCAGCUGGUCCCCUUCUGCUUCGCCUCCUUGACUGGGUUCGACUUCAUGUCUGUGAUGUGGACAACAUGGUCCGUGAAGUUCUGAGCAGUGAAAAUCCAUCGAAACACGAGCUCUUCUGGAAUGUGGUGGAUGUCUUUGUGCUGCAAGGCCGAAUGGAUGAAGCACGGCACUUGCUCUCCAAGGAAGCCAGCGCCAAUCCCGCGUCGGUGAACAUGUACAAAAUCUUGGAUGACUUGAUGAAGAAGAUGCCCAUGCCCAGUCUUGGCAACACUCAGACACUGACCGAGAUGGAGCUGAAAUGGCAGCACUGGCAUGAAGAAUGUCAGCGGUAUCUACAGGAUGGAACUUUUGCGUCCAAUUCCCACAUGGAAUCCAUCUGCAAGAUCCUGCUGGGAGAUGAGGAUGCCAUACUGGAGAAAAAGGAACUCAUGACUACUUGGUACCACUUUCUGGUUACCCGACUCCUGUAUUCCCAUCCAACUGUGAAGCCAAUGGAACUGCGGUUUUACGCACAGUCUAGUAUGGACCUAUUCCUGGGUGGAGAAAGCAGCCCUGAGCCUCUAGACACGAUUUUAAUGGCAGCCUUUGAAUUUGAGAUGCAUCAAGUGAUCAAGGAAUGCAGCAUUGCCCUGAGCAACUGGUGGUUUGUGGCUCAUCUGACUGACCUGCUGGAUCACUGUAAACUCCUGCAAUCUCACAAUCUCUAUUUUGGUUCAAAUAUGCGUGAAUUCCUUCUGCUAGAGUAUGCUUCAGGACUCUUCUCCCAUCACAGCCUGUGGCAGCUGGGGGUAGAUUAUUUUGACCACUGUCCAGAAUACGGCAGGGUAUAUUUGGAGCUUCAUAUUGAGCGGAUACCUCUUAACACAGAACAGAAGGCCCUCAAAGUGCUGAGGAUCUGCGAGCAGAGACAGAUGCAUGAACAAGUUCGUAGCAUCUGUAAAAUCAUGGCCAUGAAGGCUCUGCGGAACAAUCGCUUGGGCUCUGCCCUGUCGUGGAGCAUCAGAGCUAAGGAUGCGGCUUUUGCUACACUAAUAUCUGAUCGAUUCCUUAAGGACUAUUGUGAAAGGGGUUGCUUCUCUGACUUAGACCUCAUUGAUAAUUUGGGACCAUCCAUGCUGCUUAGUGACCGGCUAACAUUUCUUGGCAAGUACCGAGAAUUCCACCGGCUGUAUGGGGAGAAGCGGUUCUCUGAAGCUGCCAAGUUGCUUUUGAUGUUGAUGACGGCUCACAUUGCUCCUUGCUCCUUCUGGAUGACCCUGCUGACAGAUGCCCUUCCCCUGCUGGAGCAGAAAGAGGUCAUAUUUUCAGCAGAGCAGACUUACGAGUUGAUGCGAUGCCUGGAAGACCUGACAGCAGGGAAGUCGGAUAAGCAGAAAUUCCAGGAUGAUGACGUCGAGACUAUGAAAGUGGAAAUGCUGAGACUUGCUCUUGCACGAAAUCUUGCACGAGUCAUCGUCAAAGAAGGCACAUUGGAAGGAUCUUGAAGAUGGCAGAAUGUGAUUUUUCUCUUUGUCUGUGGCUUACUGUACAUAAACCUGACUGCUUUUCUAAGAAUAAAUGUCUUGUUUUGCA